AUGUCAGCGUCUACAGUACGUAUCGCAACAAGGACUCUCGUCCUCCCCGCAGGUCUUCGGGGCCGGCCGCUCCAGCGCGCAGCCUUCUCCACAUCGCCGUCCUGGACUGCCGGCGGUACUGCGCAGGGCAAGAACAACAGCAGCAGCAACAACGUCAACGGUAACAGCAACAAAAUAGGAGGAGAAGAUCCAAUUGAGAUCCCGGCAUUCAAUCUUCGACACAUUUCUUCUAGUCCUCGGGCGCGGUUUUGGUUGAUCACGGGGUUUUGUGUGAUUGCGGGUGUGGAGAUGUAUGGAUGGUAUAAUUUUGGGCCAAAGAUUUUGGGGUGGGAGGGGAAGGGGGAGGAUGAGUGA